AGAAUUGGAUUGUAGACUUUGAAAGUGAAUUUGCGAACAAAACCCUAGCUAUAGAAAAACACUCAUUUUCAGAAAGAAAAAAGGGCGGGGCAGUUUAGUCAAUUGACAUCGACGCAGAGAAGGAACAAAACCCUAGCUAUAUAUACUAACCCGCACAACGCCUCCCCAGAGACCGGACGCCUUCGCUGAUCGCUCGCCUGCUAUAUCGCCCACCGCUCGCUAUUCCUGUGUGUUGAGUUAUUAGUAGCUGGCUUUAAAAGCAAUCACUCAAGAUGCAAAACGAAGAAGGACAAAACAUGGAUCUUUACAUCCCCAGGAAAUGCUCUGCCACUAAUAGGCUGAUAACAGCCAAGGAUCAUGCUUCUGUUCAGAUUAAUAUUGGGCAUCUUGAUGAGCAUGGGCUGUACACUGGCCAAUUCAGCACUUUUGCCCUCUGUGGUUUUGUCCGAGCUCAGGGUGAUGCUGACAGUGCCCUUGAUAGGCUCUGGCAGAAGAAGAGAGCUGAUGUCCGACAACAGUAGUUUCCACUUUGGUGGCUCUGCUUUGCUUUGGAGGCCAGUGACAUGAUGUGGCAGUGACUAUUCCGUGUUUAUGGACGAUGUUAAUCUUGGACAUGGAACAGAUUAUAUGUAGUUUCCGCUUUGAUUUUUCGAUUUUGAUCAUGAUUAGUCUCCCCCCCCCCCCCCCCUGCUAUGGUGAGUCUUUUUAUAACCUUUGUUUGCUGUUGGAUGUAGCCUAAACCUUCAUUAAGGAUUGGUUGAGAGUUGGGAAUUAAAAAGGAUUCAUUAGUUAAA